AUGGACAUCCACCGCGACGCCUGGGCAGAGUGGAUGGGUAUGGAGGCACGGCACAGGCGGCUCGUGCUUCAGCUGCUGCUGCGCAUAGGAGAGGGGCGCUUCGACCCAGACCCUUCCAAGACCAUCCGCAAGAUGAGCGGCAGCGCCGCGGGCGACUUUGGCAACAUAGAGGCAGGGGCUGCCGCCUGCCACCCGCCGCUGCUGCCCUGCAGGCGGGGCGUCUACCUGGCGCAGCUGCCCCGCUCCGCCAGCCUCAUCUUUGAGGUGGCUCCCGAGGUGGAUGUGCGGCGCAGCAUGGUGGACGCCCACGGCCAGCGGCACAUGCAGUACCACGAUGUCAUCCGCAUCUGGUUUGUGUCUCUGGAUGAGGGGCGGGCAAGCGAGGCGCUGGACCUCAUCGCCGCCUCCUACCGCAAGGGCCAGUCGGCGCGGCGGCAGCUGCUGCUGGAGGCGCACCGAGGCGGCGGCGGCAGCGGCAACGGCGGCGGCAACGGGGUGCAGGAGGUUCGGCUACCGGCCGACUACCGCAGCCGGGAGGUGGAUCGAGCCGCGGCGGCCACGGCGGCAGCCGCCAUUGCUGCCGAGGCAGCGGCGGGGGGCGGCAAGGGGGUGCUGCGCCGCCGCUACUUCCCUCCCGCCUCCACAGAAGCCGACAGCUACACCGUGCUGAAGUUCCACCCGCUGGAGGAUGCCAUGCUUCACUCUGUAAUGACAAAUGAGGGCCAGACAGAUGUGGACUUUCGCUUCCGGCUGUCCCCCGCAGAGGCGGACGUGGUGGAGCGCAUGCCGUACCCGCCUCAGUCGCUGAUCCUGCUGGGCCGCAGCGGCACGGGCAAGACCACGGUGGCGCUGUUCCGCAUGUUUGACCGCUGGCGGCGCAGCUUUGAGGACGGCCAGCCGCUGCACCAGGUCUUUGUCACAGUGUCGGCCACGCUCAAGGAGCAGGUGGCCAAGGCGUUUGUGCGGCUGAGGAGCGGGCUGCCGGCGGUGACUCCAGACCGCGCCGCCGCAUACGCCGCAGCCGCAGCACGCCCCUACCACUCUUUCAAGGGGCUGCCCGAGGAGGCCUGGCCGCUGUUCCUCUCCGCCAAGCAGUACCUGCACAUGCUGGACGGCACACUGCGCCAGCCCUUCUUCAAGCGCCGUGCCGACGGCAGCUUCUUCUACGCAUCUGAGGCUCAGGAUGACGACGACGGCAUGUCAGUGCUUGUGGACCUGGCGCAUGCUGGGGCGGCGGCUGGCGAGGGGGGGAGCGGGGCUGAGCCAGCCGGCGGCGUGGAGGAGGGCGCCCGCAUCAGGGUCACAUUCUCCUUGUUCCAGAGCUCCAUGUUCCGCCGCCUGCGCCCCGGGCAGAAGGUGGACUUCGACGCCAGCCUGGCCUGGCAGGAGAUUGUCUCUUACAUCAAGGGCACCAAACAGGCGGUGGAGGGCAGCGGCAGGCUGACCGAGGACGAGUACCUCAGCGACAUUGGGCGCAAGCAGGCGCCCAACUUUGGCCCGGAGAGCCGCCGCCUCAUCUACCAGCUGUCCACCGCCUACGAGCAGGAGAAGAAGCGUGGGCUGACAGAGGGCCACGUCACACACUUUCUGUACGAUGCCGCGGAUGUGGUGGCCUGGAUCCACCGCAGGCUGAGGGAGGAGGGGUAUCGCGGGGAGCCCAUCCACGAGCUGUACUGCGAUGAGGUGCAGGACUUCACCCAAGCCGAGCUGUUGCUGAGCCUGCGCGUGGUGUCAGAUCCAAACGGGAUCGCCCUGUUCGGGGACACGUGCCAGACCAUCGCCCGCGGCAUCGGCUUCAGGUUCACCGACGUCAAGCAGCUAUUUUACCAGGCGCAGCGCGAGGCGCAGCUGGCGGCGUCGGCGGGCAAGGGGUGGGACGAGGCGGCGGUGCAGAUGCCGGACAUAGUGCCGCUGGAAGUCAACUACCGCACACACAGCGGCGUGCUGGAUGUGGCGGCCUCGGUGGUGCAGCUGCUGCGCCGCUUCUUCUCAGAGCAGAUUGACGACCUCAAGCCGGAGCAGGCCUUCCUCGAGGCGAGGAGCUGGGAUUCCACGCCUGGCAACGUGGCCAUGCUGCUGUCGGGCGGCGACGCAAACGAGGCCUGGAAGACCGAGUUUGGGGCCAACCAGGUGGUGCUGCGCCGCACGCUGGCCUCCCCCGUGCCCCACUUCCUGGCCAAGAUCGACGCCGUUGUGAUGACCAUCCCACAGGCCAAGGGGCUGGAGUUCAACGACGUCUUCAUCCUCAACUUCUUCGCCGACAGCCCCUGCAAGGAGGAGUGGCGCAUCCUGCUGCAGGCGCUACCUUGCUGA